ACAUAAAUCGAAUAAGUAUAAUGAUCGUGAUAAUGUUGAUAAACAACUUGUAAUUAAUAUAUUUUAAUACUUCACUAUACGUUGGGAAAAAAGAUUUAGAGAUUCAGAGACCUAUUUGAUUUCCUGUAACUUGAAGAUUGGUACCUAGGUAUUUAUUAAUUCAAAUUCAGGUGCAUACUGCCGAAUAUGAACGUUUAAAAACCAAACAAAGUAAAAUGAUUCAUAGUAUUACCUACACUGUGCACUGGAUAAUAGUUACCUACUAAAGUAAGAUAAAGAAUAUCAGCAAUCAGAGUAGUAUAUUAUUUGGUCAUCAUAUCACCAUGGCAGCUCCAGAUAACAUCACUGUUAAGAUUGAAAGCUCUGAUGAUGAUGUAGAAGAAAUUCAAAUAUUAGCGGGUAGUUCUCAAGGUAAAAGCUCUGAAGGAGACCAUCCUGAUCCACUACAGCUAGACUUUAAUUACACAGAAACCAAAAAAGAAUAUAUGUCACUUCUUAAUAACAUUUUCAACCACAAAAUUAAUCAUGUUGACCCUUGGACUGCAUAUAGCUAUAAAAAAAUAUUGUCACAGGCAAUGUUUUCAAGAUCCCCAGAGGUACUUAAAUAUGAAGUGAUAGUAAAUGACAUGGUUCAAUCUUUAGUACUAUCUGGGACAACAACUGAGGUAUUAACAUAUGAAAAUUGCUUCGAUGUUUUUGUUGAUGCACAUAUACAUGCUACUAAUCAUGGGGGCUAUCAGGAAAUGAAAAAUUUAUUGAAUGGCUAUUAUGUAUAUGAAAAGAAGUGCUUACAUAAUUUUCUUCGCUCUUGCACAUCAUGUAAAGAAUUGUACAAACCUAAAGAAGAAGAAUAUAUUGAAAUCAAUAAAAGUAAAUUCAAUCAAUUAGUACAACUUGACUAUAAAGAUAUGAGGAGCAUUCCAGGAAAAUUCAAAUUUAUUAUGACAUAUACUGACAAAGCAACAAAUUUUGUUCUGGUUAGACCUUUAUUAACCUGUGAUAGUGAGUGUAUAGCAAUGGAGUUAUUGAAAAUAUUUGUAGAUUUUGGACCGCCUAAGGAGAUUUAUACUAUGAAUAUACAAAAAACAUACAAAGCCAUAGAAAUUGUACAGGCAACACUACAAUUUAAAUGUUCUAUUCGGGAUACUGACAGUCACAGUGAUAUAACAAAUCAGGUGUAUUCAAAAAUACACAGUUGGGCACUUGAAAAUAACUGUUCAAAUUGGGGAUACAGCUGUUGGCUUAUACAACAUCAAAUGAACACAGAAGGUAAAAAUAAUCCAAUGAAGAAAAUAUUUGGCCGAUGCACACCAAGUUUGGUGCUAGAAAAAUUAGUUGAUAAGGCUGGUGGUGCUGAAGAUCUUAGUAGUGAUGAAGAAGAUGUUGCAAAAAAGAAUAAACAAUAUGUUAAUGACAAGGUCCCCAAGACAAAAAAAUUACACUGUGGACAGUGCAAGGCCAUAAUGUAUGGACCUGGCAGUGACUGCUUUAGCUGUAAGAUGACCUGUCAUGGAUGUUGUGGUGUACGAAUCAAAAAUGACAAGUCUGAUAGUAGUUAUUUUUACUGUACCAAAUGUCAAAAUUAUAAAUUACGUCAUGAAGGAAAAGUUUCUGUGUGAUUUGCGUAUCUAGUGUACUAAACCAUUUACUAUUUGAAAUUAAAUACAAAUAUCAAACAAAAAA